AUGGUUCAAGCAGUGCCUCUCGAGAACGGAGGGUCGGCAAACGGCCAUGCGAACGACAGUAUGGACGCCGAACACAGCGAGAACACACCAGACUUAUCUACUCUGCCGCCGCCGGACUUCAACUGGCAGAUCUCUCUCAAGGAUAAAGUGAUUGCCAUCACUGGGGCAAAUCGAGGCAUUGGACUUGGCAUUGCUGAAGUAUGCCUUGCCAACUCUGCCGAAAUAGUGUACUCCCUGGAUCUGAUGGAGCCCUCCGAAGACUUUUCGACCCUGGAGAAGAGGAAUCCGGGACGGUUCAAGUACAUUCAGACCGAUGUGACCAACGAGGAGAGUGUCAAGAAGGCAGUAGACACUAUUGCCGAGGCCGAAGGCGCGAUACAUGGCAUGGUUUGCAAUGCGGGCAUGACCAAGCAUCAGCCAGCACUAGAAUUCUCACUAGAGCAGGUGAAGCAGUUGUUCAACUUGAACGUGUUCGGCGUUUGGAACUGUGCAACAGCGGCGGCGAGGAAGUUCAUCGAGCUUGGCAUCCAAGGCUCGAUCGUGUGUACCGCAAGCAUGACAUCGUACAGGCCGAACCGAGCUGCUCCUUCUGCACCGUACGGAGGUACCAAGGCCGCUGUUCGGAACAUGUGCCAUACUCUUGCGAUGGAGUGGGCACAGCACGGUAUCAGGAUCAACAGUAUCAGUCCUGGAUUUGUCAAGACGGCCAUGACCUACUACGUUGAAAGGGCGCCAGACUGGGAGACCAAGAUGAAGUACUACGGGGGUAUGCCCCGUCUCGCUCUUCCGCAGGAACUUGGCGGCGCUUACACCUAUCUACUGUCCGACUCUGCCAGCUACACUACCGGUAUCGAUAUCCCUAUUGCUGGCAGCGUAGGUGCCUGGUAA